GUCAGAGGUGGACAUCAACGAACUUCCAAGCUGGUGAACUUCGAACACUGGAAUUAUUAUCUUUAUCAAGUUGCUGCUACCUUCUGUAGUACCAGACCAAAGUUAAAGUGCGGUGACACUUUAAUGCAUUUGUUUUGGAAGAGUUCGAUUGUUGCAGAACAGCUGUUCUAGAAAGUGGCCUGAAAAGCUGCAAGUGUGGCUCCCAGGCCUAAUCCGUCUCUAAGAUAUUUAAUAAGACAUUUAUUCAAUUUACGGACGUUUAGAUAAUGUUUCGAGUAAAGACGUUUUUUAGGACUUCAGGGCCUCUUGCCUGUACAUUACGAACUUUACUGGAUCGGUCAGUUGUUGCAAGUGCAAGUGGGGGAUAUAAACCACAAAGGAACUAUGGAUCCCCUGUCACAGCUGAGCCUUUCCUUAAUGGCAGUUCAUCAACAUACAUGGAAGAAAUGUACAAUUCAUGGUUGGAGGAUCCAAAGAGUGUGCACAAGUCCUGGGACACCUUCUUCAAAAAUGCUGCGAAUGGAAUGGCCCCCGGACAAGCGUACCAGAGUCCGCCUGUUUAUGCCAUGGGGGCAUCACCAUUGCCGAUGACAAUGCCAGUUCCAGCCCAAAUGCCUGUGUCUGUUACGCCCGACAUGGGCAGCGUCAAAUCUAUUUCUGAUCAUUUGUCUGUGCAGGCGAUAAUAAGGUCAUAUCAGAUUGUCGGUCACACAAUAGCAGAUCUUGAUCCGCUAGGAAUAAAGGAACGAUCUGAUAGUCCGGCUCAGCUGACGUUACAAAAUUACCGCUUGGCCGCAACUGAUGAAGAUAUAAAUAUGAUUAUGAAAUUUGCAAGGGAUAUUGAUUUGGACCGUGAAUUCCGUCUGCCAAAAACAACGUACAUCGGAGGAGACCAAAGCACUCUACCACUGCGAGAGAUCCUGACGCGUUUAGAGAAUGUCUACUGCAACCAUAUUGGCAUUGAGUACAUGUUUAUCAACAAUCUGGACCAGUGCGACUGGAUCAGACGCAAGUUUGAACCGCCAGGCAUCAUGCAGUGCAGUCAGGAAGAGAAGAGGCUCACUAUGGCCAGGUUGAUUAGAUCUCAAAGGUUUGAGGAGUAUUUAGCAAAGAAGUGGUCCUCAGAGAAGCGGUUUGGUUUAGAAGGCUGUGAGGUGUUGAUCCCAUCCAUGAAGGCUGUGAUUGACAAGUCCAGUGAGCUAGGUGUCGACAGCUUUGUCAUCGGAAUGCCACAUAGAGGGCGCUUGAAUGUCCUUGCCAACGUCUGCCGCAAGCCGCUGGAGCAGAUUUUUUGUCAGUUCGAUUCGAAACUCGAAGCUGCUGACGAAGGUUCUGGUGAUGUGAAAUACCAUCUUGGCAUGUCGCACGAGCGGUUGAACCGCGUCACAAACAAGAACAUCAAAGUUGCCGUCGUUGCCAAUCCUUCUCAUCUCGAGGCGGUUGAUCCUGUCGUUCAGGGAAAGACUAAGGCUGAGCAGUUCUACAGUGGCGACACUGAAGGAAAGAAGUCAAUGAGUAUCCUUCUCCAUGGAGACGCUGCAUUUGCCGGACAAGGCGUUGUGUACGAGACUUUUCAUCUUAGCGAUCUCCCAGCAUACACCACUCACGGCACCAUACAUAUUGUCGUCAAUAAUCAGAUUGGUUUCACGACUGAUCCGCGGUCAUCGCGAUCGUCGCCAUACUGCACUGACGUGGCGCGUGUGGUCAACGCUCCCAUAUUCCACGUGAAUGCUGACGAUCCCGAAGCUGUACACUACAUCAGUAAGGUGGCUGCUGAAUGGAGGUCAGAGUGGCAGAAGGAUGUUGUCAUUGAUUUGGUCUGUUAUAGAAAAAAUGGACACAACGAAAUUGAUGAGCCGAUGUUCACACAGCCAUUGAUGUACAAGACUAUUGCCAAACACCCUACAACCUUGACCCAGUACGCUGAAAAAUUGAUUUCCGAUAGCACCGUCAGUAAAGAGGAAUACGAGGAGGAACGAGAACGUUAUGACAAUGUCUGUGAGGCAGCAUUCGAUGCUGCCAAGACAAUGACUACAGUUAGGAACACAGACUGGCUGGACUCGCCCUGGCAUGGGUUCUUUGAAACACAAGAGGCCAUGAAGAAGCCCAACACAGGCAUACCUGAGGAGACCCUCCAACACAUUAGCCAUAUGUUCUCGUCAUGCCCGGAUGAUUUCGCCAUUCACAAUGGUCUAAAGCGUACUCUGAAAGGACGUGCCCAGAUGGCUGAAAAACGUAUGGCUGACUGGGCCAUGGGUGAAGCGCUGGCCUUUGGGUCCCUACUCAAGGACAGUACCCAUGUUAGGCUCAGUGGCCAGGAUGUCGAGCGAGGAACAUUCAGUCAUCGUCAUCAUGUCUUGCAUCACCAGGACAUUGAUAAGAAGGUGUACAUCCCCCUGAACAAUCUUUACCCAGACCAGGCACCUUAUUCGGUCUGCAACAGCUCUUUGUCGGAGUAUGGAGUUCUAGGUUUUGAAGUUGGAUAUUCGCUGACCAACCCGAAUGCACUAGUUUGCUGGGAGGCACAGUUUGGCGACUUCUCCAACACAGCACAAUCUAUCAUCGAUCAGUUCAUCAGCAGUGGCCAGUCAAAGUGGGUCAGACAGAGUGGCAUCGUCCUCAAAUUGCCUCAUGGGAUGGAAGGAAUGGGCCCUGAACAUUCAAGUGCCAGGCUAGAGCGAUUCCUGCAGAUGAGCAAUGAUGACCAGGAUUAUUUCCCUAUCCUGGACAGUGAAGAGCCUGUUGAUGAAGAUUUUGUGAUGCAGCAGAUUCACGAGACGAAUUGGUUCGUCUGUAACAUCACAACACCAGCGAACUAUUUCCAUGUUCUCAGGAGACAGAUUGCUCUACCAGUCAGGAAGCCUCUUAUUAUCAUGACGCCAAAGAGCUUGUUACGUCUGCCGGAGGCUCGAUCAAGUUUCGACGAUAUGUUGGAAGGAACGCGCUUUCGACGCAUGAUUCAAGAAGAGGGCGUUGCAGCUGAGAUGCCCAUCAAGGUUCAGAAGUUGAUCUUCUGCUCUGGAAAAGUUUAUUACGAGAUUGUCAAGGAAAGGGAAAAGAAGCAUCUUACUGAUAAGGUGGCCAUCGCCAGAAUUGAACAGCUAACACCCUUUCCAUUUGAUUCUGUGAUGGAAGAAAUUAAGAAGUAUCCCCGUGCUCAAAUCGCAUGGUGUCAGGAGGAACACAAGAACAUGGGUGGCUACUCCUAUGCCCAGCCAAGGAUCCACACUGUCCUCAGAAAGUUGGGGCUCAACAAGACUAUUGAGUACGCUGGCCGUCACACCUCUGCAGCAACUGCCACCGGCAACAAGCAGAUGCACACAAUGGAGCAUGGACAGUUCCUGAAGCAAGCCUUGUCUCUGAUUACUGGUUAAUCAACGAGCACCACUACUUUAUUACACACAGACUUUGGCGAUUAAGCGUGCCAGAUUUCACAUUUGUUGUGUCAAAACUACUGUUGAUUAUUCUGGACUUAAAACCAAAUAUGUGACCCGUCACAGCAAAACCAGGCGCAUGUCGCACAGAAGAUGAGCCUAAAUGACACCAGAAGAUAAUGGAAGAAAUUGAUGUGCUCAUAUUUCACAAAAGGCAGACAAUAGAGAAUUGAACAAACAGUCCGUCUCAACCUGCCAAGCUGAGAGUGACAUUCGCCUGGUUAUGCUAUGACGGGUCGCAUAUGUAUAAAGUUGUUACCUAAUAAGGUACCAUGAGCUUUAAAUGCAGUUUGCUAAGUUUAAUGGUAUAAAAACUGAUGUCAUUGAGAUAGUUGUUUUGAAACAAAGGUAUAGCCACUCUGUUGGAAAGCAUUUUUGGCAAAGAAUUUGAGGUCUACAUAUAGUUUAUGGUGGUAUUGAAGUUUUUAAAUCCAGUUUGUUGAUGGAACUGAGUUGUGAAUACUGUCGUACAUGUGGUACCAUAGACAGAUAAUCUGUCAAGAACAGUACCCACUUUCUGAGCUUAACUAAGUCCUCACUCGCUCAUUCCUGGAACUUGACGUUUGUAUUUCAACUGUGCCACUAAGUCAUAUAGGUCCUUAAACAAUUCAAACCUUGCUCAGCUCCUGUUGUAUUAAAUAGCAUGUUAGUAUAGUACAUUUAAUAUCAUUAUAGCCAAUAAAUUAUUUGAUUAGAUAGUAUAUGGCUAUACAUGUAGAUGUUUUCCUUUGAUGAUUAUUGAUUUUCGGUGUGACUUUCGACCAGUCGGUCCAUUUUAACUAUUAGAUUCUACCAGUGAUCUCCAUCAGCAAACUGUGCAUGUUGAGUGUGCUUUCUUCUAACUUUUUUCCUGUAAAUACAAAUGUUCGUGUUAAUUUAUGAUCCAUUGUAGCUACACUGCAUAAUGAAUCCAUGGUGUGCAUCAUGUUAAUAUCACAACAUACGUGUAGUGCCUUUGAUUAACUAAUAUCCAGUUCUGCAGUUUGAUAUCAUCACCCAUUCCAAUGACAUCUGUUGUUUUGGCUGCAGUGCAGCAGGCCUGACUAGUAUUAUUCAAAGCAAUUUUUGUCCUUUUCUGCUUGAAGAUUACAUAAACUACUUGUGUUUCAAAUUCUGUUUUCUGUUAAAUCUCAGUGGUGUGUAUCGUCUUUGACUUUUAUUGUUAAGAUUUUGCUCAGAGGCAAGUGACAUUAUCAUUGAGGCAUUAGAAUAUAAAAUCUCAAUUUCUUCCUGUUAGAAUUCAUUAACUUCUUAGUGUUAACCUCUCAAUUUAAAAUUACCUCUGAUUAUUGUGUAGGAUCAACUUUGUGAUAUUGUGUCGCCAGUGAAAUGCUUUUGUGCAACUGCUGUUUGUGUGAAAAUGUGGGUCACUGUUAAUUAAUCAGACUUUUCGUGAUAAUUUUUUAGUGAUUCUUGAGGGCUUCGCACACUUUGACUGGUUUUAUUUGGUUUGUUGCAUGAAUUCCACACACAUCAUUUGUGUGCGAUACCAAUUAUGAUCCUCAUUUGAUGUCUGACUGAACAGUGGCCUAAUUCCAAUGCUGGCCCUUUGGUGUUAAUCAGAAAAACAGAAAUUGAGAGCAAAAAUGGCCCAAGUGUGAAAAGCCCUUCAACUACAUGUCAAAUAAACUGAUGAUUGAGAAUGUCUGCUUCUUGUAAAAAUGUAUCAAAUUGGUGUCUUGUCCUGAAGAAAAAGGUGUUUUUUCGGGCUGCGUAAAAUUCUGUUUCACCCCUAGUUGAGAAAGAAAACUCAGCAGCCAAGUAGCCUACAGUUUUUUCCUGGUGAACUUCAGUGGAUGAAUUGGAACAUAUAUAUUUUAAUAAAAGGAAAUGUGUUGUUAUGCCUUAUGGAAAGUGUGUAAUAUUCCGUAACAUUGAAUCAGUAGUUACUGGUAACAGAAUUAGUCAUGCUUUUCCACCGCCAUAUCUUAGUUUUAUUCAUUCGGGUGUGAUGGUAGUUUAUGAUUGCAGCUCAUAUUUUAGGAUGGAACUUUUGUGGUUGUAUCGGGAUGUAUAUAAAAAUGACCUGCAAUGAUUGAGCCCUGGAUUGUGAAGUAGAAAGUCUUUACUAGUUUUAAUGACAAUAAAAGAUAAAAGAGACAUUUACUGACAA